AUGUCUCCCAUCACACAGUCGGCUGGGACCGGCCUUGGCAUCGUGGGUGAUGGCAAGGGCUGGUCCGGAGGAAGCACUCGGCCAGAUGGUGAGGCGAACCAGCCUCAAAGCAUCAAGGAGAAGAGACCCAAGGUUUUCCUUGAGAUCGAGCUCCACAAGAGACAACUUGGCCGCAUUGUGCUGGAACUCUUCGGCGACGUGGUCCCCAAGACUGUAGAAAACUUCCGCUGCCUUUGCACAGGAGAACGGGGGGUCAGCGCCGUCUCUGGCAAGCCCUUGUCCUUCAAGGGUAGUAGGUUUCACAAGAUCAUUCCGGGCAAGAUCAUCCAAGGUGGCGACAUCACCAAGGGCGAUGGUUCCGGUGGCGACUCUAUUUACAACCAGGAUGGUGAUGGAACUUUUGGGUGCGAGAACUUCAAGCUGAAACAUGACCGCCCCGGUCUGGUUUCAAUGGCCCACAAAAGAGGUCAGGAAGGAGUCCAAACCUCCCAGUUCUUCUUCACCUCGAAGGCAGAGCCAAAGCUGGACGGCAAGCACGUCGUCUUCGGCCGGGUUAUCGAAGGUAUUGAUAAGCUUUCGAAGCUCGAGUCGAUGGGCACGAAGGGCGGCACCCCCCUCUUCGAGGCUGUGAUCUCCAGCUGCGGAGAGCUCGAAUCUGAAUGUCUACGGACUCGAAAGCGCAAGGUCGAGGAGAUACCGCUUCCUCCUGGCUGGAAGAAGAAGGAAUCUCGAUCAAAGGUCCAGCAUCCGCCCAGCUUGGUGAUGUUUGGCCUCCUGGUCGUUUGGGCGAAUGAGGCUGGUGCAAGGCUACAGGGAGUUACCAAAAAUGGCGGUCUCUUGCAGAGGUCGUUGCGGAUCCUUUACGGAUACCUCAUUCCCAGAAACUUCCACUCGCUUGUCUUGAGCGGCCUGGCGCAGAUCUCCAGCUCACAGCUGCACAAUGGGCCGGUUGAGAAGUUAGCAAAGCCUAGCGCCGGCCAGACGGCCUUAGCCUUCGCCGUGUUCAUCGCAGUGAGGAGCUUCCAUCCGGCAGUGGCCCCAGACAUGCCGGAGGAGCUGCGUGAAUAUGACCAGCAGCUGCCGUGCUGGUCUGCUGAACUGGCAGCUGCCGAAGCCUGGGCACAGCAGGUGCAGUCUGAAGCAGACGAAACUGAAGCAGAAAAGCAUCGCUUGACGGAGGAGCUCUCCGAAAUGCAGGCCACGGGCCUUUCGCCCGCCAGUAGCGCCUGCGAGAAAGACUUUGAAGCUGCCGUGGGCCAUCAGGCUAAACUGGGAAUUUCUCAUCAUGACUUUGACGAGCCUUUGCCCUUGCCUCCCUCCACGACUGCGGGCGUACACCCAGAUGAGCACCGGCGCCAUGCCGAGCGGUGCCUGCAGCGCGAAACCGAACGCCGCGAGCUGGCUGUGGCACACCUACGGCAGGAGCAUUUGGUCUGUGCAGAUGCGGCCUUGGGUUCGGCCUGGGCGGAGGCUGAAGAGCUUAGAGCCGAGCUGGCAGAAGCGGAGCGCGAGGGCCGAGAGCUGCUGCAGGAGCGGCGCAUCGCUGAGGAGCAGGAGCGGCCUUUGCGCGAGUGGGUGCAACAUGUGGAGAACCAGGUCACAGCGGCAAGGACUGAGAAUUCUCGGCUUGCUGCGGCCCUCUCCUCCACCUUGGCCUUUCGAGCAUCGCUUUUGCAUGAUGAUUCCGAGGCCCAGCCCUUGAGGGAUGCAGGCAUGAACGUGCAGCAGGUGCGCUGGCUUCGGGAGCACGAGCAGAGCUGCAUCGCAAGGAAGGCGCAGCUCAAGGAGGAGAUCGCAGCGGAAGAGAAGCGCCGCGACGAGUUCCUGAAGGAGGCAUGGAAGCACAGGGCCAUCGCGGAGGAGCGGCAGCGGCAGCUGGGUGCUGCAAGUGCUGCAAACCUGCCGAACAUCCUCCAGACCCCCGAGGCCCGCCAGGCGCGCCAGGCUGCUGGUUCCGCCAUCUCAGUGCUCAGGUCGCCAAAGUUCCCGCGGCCCGACAUGUCCUCAACAUCGCGGAGCUGGCUUUCUGCUCCCAUUCCUCCAAUUCCUUCCAUCCCCUCCGCGGCCUCGUUCUCGCGGGCACCGGUCAGUGAGGCGGGUGAGAGCCGACCCCACGCGGUGGACAUGAGCUUCAGUAGCCAAAGAAGCCCCAUAGAGGUAGAGGAUGUCCUAAGUGAGGACGAUCAGUCAGACUACUGGGACAGCGGAAACUCGCUGGCCUUCUUGCUGGGCGGCAUGCCUGGUCUGAAGCAAUGCUGGGAUCCGGUCCCUCUCAAGGUCUUUAGCGCCAUAGCGGUGAUCUAUGCCUUUGGCGACUUCCUAGAGAUGCAAUCCAUGUCCGUCAUGGGGGGUGCAGCGUAUCAGAUCCUGCUUCAGAGCAAGCUGCUGGUGACAGCCCUCAUCAUGUGGUUCCUGCGGGGCCAGCGCCAGACCACGCUGCAGUGGAACGUGCUAGUUACCAUUGCCCUUGGGAUGAGUGCCUUCGUCCUAGCGGACGACAGCAGCCAGGACAGCUUCAAGCCGAUCGGCUUGCUCUUUGUUGUGGCCAAGGUCUUCUUCUCGUGCCUUUGUGCUGUUCUUGCAGAGAAGCACCUAAAGGCCUUCAACGACAUGCCAAUCUACGCGCAGGUGGCUCAGCUGAAGUUCAUGUGGCUGUGGACCUCGCUGAUACUCACCCUCCUCUUUGACCGAAAUGUGCGGGAGGACGGCUUCUGGAAUGGCUGGGAUAGCAGGACAGUGGUGGUGGCUUGCUCCUGGGUUUUCAAGGGGUGGUCCACCUUCCUGGUCCUGAAAAGCUUGGACUCGGUCCUCAAAAACAUCGGUGAGGCCGUGGCCAUUCUGGUAAUUUACGUGUUCGACGUGCUGAUUGCAGACUAUGUCUCGGACAUCCUUCCAGUGCAUGGCAAGGACUUCAACCUCACCAUCUUCCUGAUGGUGAUGGUGGUGGUGCUUACAGUGGUGACUUACACCUUGGCACCGGCCUGGAAGAAGCCUGCACCGUGA